CGCACGCGCACGGAGGUGCGUGUGAGUUGGAUUUGUGCCGACGGAGGACACGCGGGCGGCCGGCGGCGCGGGGGGCGAGCCGGGUUCGGUGCUGGGAGCCGCCGCAGUCGCAGGGGAGCGCGCGGGAGUGUCGCGCGCGCUGAGAGCCGCCCGGCCGCGCGGAGGAGACGGCGCUGGUGGCGGCUCGGGGAGGAGCGGAGCGGGGCGGGGCCCGGAGAGUGAGUGACACCCAGAGGCGGGCGCCGGCUGAGCCGGGCCGGGGCUGGGGACGCAACUUCCAUAGGACUGAGGAGCCGCCGCAGCCAGGAGACGCGACUGAGCGAACCCGCCGGGUCCCGCGGCUGCUGCCCCGACCCCCUCAGGGAAGACCGGGCGGAGGAGGCGCCGGGGCCGCUACGGAGCGAGUCCGGAGCGGCUGAAGUUUGGACCUGCCGCGGAGCGGGGACGCGGAGCCGCAUCCAUCCCCCGGGCCAGGGAGCAUGAAAGUUCCGCUCCGGCCCCGCCGCUGCUUCCGGCUGCGUUUGGCGACAAGGAGCCACUGCCCACUGCGCUGAGAAGCGGCGGCGGUGGGUCCGUGCCGGGCCUGCGGGCUGGGGAGAGACGCCAGCAGCUCCACCGCCGGCCUCUGGGGAUCCCCUCAGAAAGUGCCUGUGGCGCUGACGCCCCCGGUUGGAACUUCGUGAGAAACGAAACUUGAGGGAAAUCGUGGAAAAACACGGAAAACUGGAAUAAAAAACAGCUCCCCGAAAUCAGAGGAUCCUGCAAAUACCCCCUCCCUGACUGCGUCACCAGCAGCCUCACAAGGGAAUCACUGGAGAUUUAAUUUUUUAAUGCUUUUGAAAGGAUUUUUGUUGGUGUGUUUCUUGGUUAAAGGCCUUGUAUUUCACCUUGCGGAGUUCGUUUGGGGAGAAGAACAGAGGGGAAAAAAACCUCCUUUCUGCUGGGCAAGACUUGGAGGUGAAACGUUGGUGGCUACUUCUCCAGCUGGGCACUUCUCCCCACGCUACUCCUCACUUCGUAUGUGUGUGUUUUGUUUUUGGUAUUGAAGCAGUUUGAUUCUUCGUCUAAUAAACUUUUUCGUUCAAAUCCACGAUGGAGCCUGGCAAUAUGGACUAUUUCUGUGAUCAGGUACAGCAGAAAGAUGUGAGCCGCAGGAUGCAAAUCGGCCAAGAAUUGCUGGAGUAUCUGGCUGACCCCAGUAGAUCCACUGACCUGGAGCAGGAUCAGCAGCGCCUUGAUAAAGUGAUUGACGAAUUAAUAGGAUGGGUUAACUCUAGUAAUUUUAAGGUGGCGUUAGUUGGAUUAGAUGUCCUAGGUGCCUUUGUUGACAGACUAUCAGGACACUUUAAAUCCUAUGUACCAACUGUUCUUCUAGCAUUGAUUGAUCGAAUGGGAGAUGCCAAAGACCAAGUUCGAGAGCAAGCACAGACUCUUAUAUUGAAAUUAAUGGACCAGGUGGCACCACCAAUGUGUAUUUGGGACCGUCUUGCUGUUGGUUUUAAACACAAGAACUACCGAUCCCGAGAAGGAGUGUGUUUGUGUCUCGUUGCAACCUUAAAUAUUUAUGGUGCACAACCAUUAAUCCUCAGCAAGUUGGUACCACACUUAUGUAUCUUGUCUGGGGACUCCAAUAGUCAGGUGAGAGAUGCUGCAUUAUUGGCAAUUGUGGAGAUUUAUAGACAUGUAGGAGAGAAAGUAAGAGCUGACCUCAAUAAGAGGGGAAUUCCCUCUGCAAGGUUACAAGCAAUAUUUACAAAAUUUGAUGAAGUGAGAGACUCUGGAAAUAUGAUUUUAAGUAACAUCAGUGAUAAAAGCUUUGAUGAUGAGGAGUCAGUGGAUGGAAAUAGGCCAUCGUCAGCUGCCUCAGCUUUCAAGGUUCCUGCACCUAAAAAACUCGGGAAUCCUUCAAACAGUGCAAGAAAACCAGGUUCAGCUGGUGGGCCUAAGGUUGGAGGUGCAUCUAAAGAAGGAGGAGCUGGAGCUGUCGAUGAGGAUGAUUUUAUUAAGGCAUUUACAGAUGUUCCUUCUGUACAGAUCUAUUCUAGUCGAGAGCUUGAAGAAACAUUAAACAAAAUCAGGGAAAUUCUCUCAGAUGAUAAACAUGACUGGGAUCAGCGAGCCAGUGCGCUCAAGAAGGUUCGAUCGCUGCUUGUUGCUGGAGCUGCACAGUAUGACUGCUUUUUCCAGCAUCUACGGUUGUUGGAUGGAGCUUUUAAAUUAUCAGCUAAGGAUCUCAGAUCCCAGGUGGUUAGAGAAGCAUGCAUUACUGUAGCUCAUCUUUCAACAGUUUUGGGAAACAAGUUUGACCAUGGGGCUGAAGCCAUUGUGCCUACUCUUUUUAAUCUGGUCCCUAACAGCGCCAAAGUUAUGGCAACUUCUGGCUGUGCUGCAAUCAGAUUUGUCAUUCGUCAUACCCAUGUGCCCAGACUAAUACCUUUAAUAACAAGCAACUGUACUUCAAAAUCAGUUGCUGUCAGGAGACGCUCCUUUGAAUUUUUAGACCUGUUACUGCAGGAGUGGCAGACUCAUUCACUGGAAAGGCAUGCAACUGUCUUGGUUGAAACCAUCAAGAAGGGCAUUCAUGAUGCUGAUGCUGAGGCAAGAGUGGAGGCAAGAAAGACUUACCUGGGUCUUAGAAGUCACUUUCCUGGAGAAGCAGAGGCCCUGUACAAUAACCUUGAGCCAUCCUAUCAAAGAAGUCUCCAGACUUACUUGAAGAAUUCUGGCAGUAUAGCAUCUCUCCCUCAGUCAGACAGGUCAUCUUCAAGUUCACAGGAGAGUCUCAAUCGUCCUUUAUCUUCUAAAUGGUCCACAGCCAGCCCAGCAAGUAUAGCUGGCAGAGUUUCAGGAAGUAGCAGCAAGACUGCUCCAAGUCCAGGAACACUGCAGAGGUCCCGCAGUGACAUUGAUGUUAAUGCUGCUGCAGGUGCAAAGGCACGCCAUGCUGCUGGACAGCCAACAGGAGCUGGGCGCUUGUCUGCUGCUGGUCUACCUCCUGGAUCCUAUGCUUCACUAGAGGAUACUUCUGACAAGAUGGAUGGAACAGCUUCUGAAGAUGGUCGUAUACGAACAAAGCUUUCAACACCGUCUGUUGGAAUUGGAAAUUCAAAAACAGAUUCUAGAGGACGUAGUCGAACGAAAGUGGUCUCUCAAUCUCAGCGUUCAUCAUCGCCAGACAAAAAUGAAGGAUCACAGUCUGCUAACCCCAUUGGUGCUGGUAGUCGAUCUGGAUCUCCUGGAAGAGUUUUGACUACAACUGCACUUUCAACUAUGAACACAGGGGUUCAGAGAGUGUUAGUCAAUCCAGCAACAGCACAAAAACGGAGCAAGAUCCCACGAAGCCAAGGAUGCAGUAGAGAAGCAAGUCCUUCUAGAUUAUCAGUAGCACGAGGCAGCCGCAUUCCUCGACCUAGUGUGAGUCAGGGGUGCAGUCGGGAGGCCAGCCGUGAAAGUAGCAGGGACACAAGCCCUGUCCGCUCUUUUCCACCCCUUGCUUCCAGGCAUCACUCCAGAUCUACUGGUGCCCUCUACACCCCAGAAGUAUAUGGGGCUACAGGUACAGGGUUUGGGAUCAGUCAGUCAAGUAGAUUGUCAUCAUCAGUUAGUGCUAUGAGAGUUCUGAACACAGGUUCUGAUGUAGAAGAAGCAGUAGCAGAUGCAUUGCUCUUAGGAGACAUACGGACUAAGAAAAAGCCUGUACGAAGGAGGUACGAGUCGUAUGGAAUGUACUCUGAUGAUGAUGCCAACAGUGAUGCAUCCAGUGCCUGUUCAGAAAGAUCGUACAGCUCUCGCAAUGGCAGUAUACCUACAUAUAUGCGGCAGACAGAAGAUGUGGCAGAGGUCCUCAAUCGCUGUGCUAGCUCCAACUGGUCAGAAAGAAAAGAAGGUCUUCUAGGUCUACAGAAUUUAUUAAAAAAUCAGAGGACUUUAAGUCGCGUUGAAUUGAAAAGAUUGUGUGAAAUCUUCACAAGGAUGUUUGCUGACCCUCAUAGCAAGGUGUUCAGCAUGUUUUUGGAGACCUUGGUCGACUUCAUCCAGGUCCAUAAAGAAGAUCUACAGGAUUGGCUGUUUGUGUUGUUGACACAGCUGUUGAAGAAAAUGGGUGCUGAUUUGCUUGGGUCUGUGCAAGCAAAAGUUCAAAAGGCACUUGAUGUCACAAGGGAAUCUUUUCCAAAUGAUCUCCAAUUCAGUAUUUUAAUGAGAUUCACUGUUGACCAGACCCAGACGCCCAGCUUGAAGACAGUCAAGCCAGCGCUGCAGGACCAGCUUCGCUCUUUUUGGAGCUCCAAGGUUAAAGUUGCAAUUCUUAAAUACAUAGAGACUCUUGCACAGCAGAUGGACCCAGGGGAUUUCGUAAAUUCAAGUGAAACUAGGCUGGCGGUGUCUCGGAUCAUCACCUGGACAACGGAACCGAAAAGUUCAGAUGUUAGGAAGGCUGCACAGUCAGUGCUGAUUGCCCUAUUUGAACUAAAUACCCCAGAGUUCACAAUGUUACUGGGUGCUUUACCAAAAACAUUUCAGGAUGGAGCAACAAAGCUUCUCCACAACCAUCUCCGGAAUACGGGCAAUGGUGGUCAGGGGUCAAUGGGAAGUCCUUUAACAAGACCUACGCCACGUUCACCAGCCAGUUGGUCCAGUCCUCUCACUUCCCCAACUAAUACAUCACAGAAUACUUUGUCACCAAGUGCAUUCGAUUAUGACACGGAAAACAUGAAUUCUGAAGAUAUUUAUAGUUCUCUUCGUGGCGUCACUGAAGCCAUUCAGAACUUCAGUUUCCGUAGUCAGGAAGAUAUGAAUGAGCCUGUGAAACGGGAUUCCAAAAAGGACGAUGGUGAUUCAAUUUGCAGUGUCUCUGGAAUAGCGGAUCUGAGAGCAGGAGGUGGAGCAAUUGAUACAGGCCGAACAGCUCUUGAUAACAAAACAUCAUUACUUAACACGAUGCCUCCCCACUCUUCUCCACGUUCACGAGAUUAUAACCCGUACAAUUACUCGGAUAGUAUCAGUUCUUUUAACAAAUCUGCUUUGAAAGAAGCUAUGUUUGAUGAUGAUGCAGAGCAAUUUCCUGAAGAGCCCCCUAUGGACCAUUCUGAUCUGGUUGCAGAGUUACUGAAGGAAUUGUCAAACCAUAAUGAGAGAGUUGAAGAAAGAAAGGCUGCUUUGUAUGAGCUUAUGAAAUUGACUCAAGAAGAAUCCUUUGGUGUUUGGGAUGAGCACUUCAAAACGAUACUACUUCUGUUACUUGAAACUCUUGGGGACAAAGAGCAUGCAAUCAGAGCUUUGGCAUUGAAAGUUUUAAGAGAAAUUCUAAGGAACCAACCAGCAAGAUUUAAAAAUUAUGCGGAGCUUACAAUUAUGAAGACACUAGAAGCUCAUAAGGAUCCUCAUAAGGAGGUGGUGAGAUCUGCUGAAGAAGCUGCUUCAAUGCUGGCCACUUCCAUUAGCCCAGAUCAGUGCAUCAAAGUACUUUGUCCCAUUAUCCAAACUGCAGAUUACCCCAUUAAUCUGGCUGCAAUCAAAAUGCAGACAAAAGUGAUAGAGAGAGUAUCUAAAGAAACACUUGCUCAGCUUUUACCAGAGAUUGUGCCAGGUCUAAUACAGGGCUAUGAUAAUUCGGAGAGCAGUGUUCGUAAGGCUUGUGUUUUCUGCCUUGUAGCCAUUCAUGCAGUAAUUGGCGAUGAACUAAAACCACAUCUCAGUCAACUCACAGGCAGCAAAAUGAAAUUAUUGAACCUUUACAUCAAACGUGCACAAACAGGCUCUGGAGCAGGUGACACAGCAGCAGAUGUUUCUGGACAAAGCUAAUGAAACUGACGACAGUGAACCAGGUCUUCUAAAGAAAGGACAGGCACUCUGAUAUCAGUGAAAGGAAAAUUCUCACGCACACCUUUGGAACUCUUUAUUUUUUUUUUUCGUCUCCAGUUUGUCUUUUGUUUUCUUUUUUUGUUAUUUUUUUAAACUGAUGGCUAACCCUCAGCCUGCAUGUGACUGUUGCAGUAGAAUUAUUCCAAAUCCAAGGAGAAAACAGUAUUAAUAUCAGCUGGUCAAAACACAAUAAAUUUUAAAAAUCUAAUCCAUCACUUUUCCUGUUCGCACUCCUCUGUGUGUCUUCCCAUUAACUUUUACCAGUGUUAUGACUGUAUUUAAAAAGAAUUUUUAAAAAUGCUAAUUAAACAGGAAUGCUUUAAGCUUUAAAAGUUAAAAUCUAAAUUCUUUUGCUUUUUUAUUUUUGGCUGCAGAAUAACAUGCCAUUUUUAUUGCAGUUUUGUUUAAAUAUCAUAUCCUUUGUUAGAAAGAAGAAAUUAUAUGAAACAAGGCAGGACUAGUCUGAACUGCAGCUAGACUCAGUCACUGUGUUGGUGGUACAUCAUCUUAUUUGUAUCUUGUUUGGGAUAUUCUGGAGUAUGAGAAUUAUGCCCAUAAAAAAACUGGAUUGAUCCAGUUCUUUGAAAGUGAUAUUGUUCAUUGGUUGUAUGUUUGUCCCAUAAAUAAGAAUUUAGUGUGAGCCGUAGAGGACUAGUACAGCUAGCACAUCAUAAUGUGGAAGACAGCCCGUUCAGGGUCCAGUGUUGCAAAAUUGGUGAUAGUGUGACAACCUGCUUUCUAGCAGCUGAGAAAACACUUACUUGAUGGACCUGAACCAUCCUUGUCACCAUCCUUUCUUCAAGCAGGAUGCCUCAGAGUGGAGUGCUCUGCCCAAGCAUGCUCAGUAUGUAUUUAUCUUUAUCACUAGAAUGUUUCCUCUCAACCUAGUUGCUGGAACAAGUAGUGUUGUAUUGUAACUCACAUGGGGGAUAUAUGACAACAGUGCAGUUCAUUGGUUGUCUUUUUAAAAGCACUACAACAUUCUGCACUGAAUUUUUAGGGUGCGGGAGAAUCACAAGCGUUAUGAAUCUUGCCACUUUUUCAACAACAACAAAAAAAGUUAUGGAUGAAUUGGGAAAGCUGCACCAAAUUAUUUGCAUGGUUUUCUUGAAUCGCAUCAUCAAGACCCAUCUGGAUUAAGGUGUGAAAAUGUUUUCAGGUUGUUGUUUUAUUUUUUAAAUUUUAGUUUAUUGUUAAUAAUGCUUCUUUGUAUUUAUGAUAAUGGAAAGAGAGAACAAAAAUCAAGUAAAUAUAUGUCCCUGAAUGUCUUUCUGUUUCUCAGAUGUAAUCAACAAGCUACUUAGCUGAGAGAUGGGGUAAAACAGCACCCUGUCCAGGAAUGAUGGAACCUGGGGUUUUUUUUAUUUUACCUAUGGUAUGGUCUAGUUUUAGGACAUGUGUCCUGGUAAGAGAGAAAAUAGCAGUGCCAAGGAUGUUCUUCUGUGCUAAGCUAAAAUUCUCUCUACCUUUUCAGGGUGAUUACUUUUGACUGAGCUGCUGCCCAUAGUGUCUUGUGGAAAAACUGUCUAUAGAAAUCUUUUUUUUAUUAUUAUUUUUUCAAAUCACCAUUUGCUACUGUGUAUUCGAAGCCCUGUUCUUUAUCAUGUAGCCAAAUAUCAUAAGGAACUGCUAAUGCACUUCAAUUGCUAAUUACCUUGAAAGACAAAACUGAAUAAAAGUGGAGCUGGAUACUUGCAGUUACACUCUUUGAGAGGUCAUUUUCACUUAAUCUAAAGUGAAUCUGACCGAGAAAGUUGAGACAUGGUUAUUAAAGAAGCAGUUUGCUGCUGUUGCAGAGAUGUUUUCUUUGGGCAGGGGGAAAUGUAGAAAUGUAUGUAAAAACUUUAAAAAAGGAAAAUUCUCAUUAUUUGUCACUGGACCUUUUUUUUAGCAGCUGCAUCAGGAAAGUAGUGUCUCCCCUUUCUCUCCUCCCUUGUGUGCAACUUUCUCUUUGUUUUCUACUGUUUAACUACAUUGUGUAUUUAUAGUUCUUUGCUUACCAUUGUGCAUAUACUGGCAAUAAAAUGUACAUAACAUUACUUGAAAAAAAAUUAACAAUGUAUACAGGCCGUUUUUCUGUUUUAUUUAAUUAUGUUAUGUGAAAGAUUAUAGAUGUCAUAGGCACCAAUAUUGUUUUCAAAAGAUUCUGCAUAAUUGCUGUGUGUUCAGAAUGCUGCUUUUUUAGACAUUCUAAGUAUCCCAUUUCUCAUAAAGGAUUUUGCUAUCUUUAUUUCAGUGGUACAGAAAAUCCCUGUUUUUUAAAAUUGUCACUCAGAUUACAGUUUAACAGCCCUACUUUAAUCCUACUUCAUAAGUGUGAAUGUAUAAGAUCUUAAUUCUGUUUGUUCUGAAGAGCGUUCUUUUAAGGCUUGACCUCAGGAGGACUUUGCUAUUUCCAUUCUUUCUGAACAUGGAGUCUGUCCCAGUUCUACAAAAUAACUACAAAAAUAACCCUAUUUAAAUAUGUUUAUGGCCUAAUGUUAUAACCUUUUUUUCCUUAACGAUGUGGACGGGGGAAAAAAAGCUAUCAGUCCCUUUGAGAGAGAGAGAGAGAUGUUAUCUUGGGUACGUAGAUAGCAAGGCUAAAAGUUGGUUCUUUACUUUUUUGGUGGGGUGGGGGGGGUUGUAUAUGUUCACAAAGAAAUCAUGUUUUUAUAAGAAGCUUGGACCACAAUCAUAUGUCACACCAUAUUUAAACAUCCCAUGUCCUAAAAAAACUAAACGUAAAUUUUAAAUGUUUAAAAAAUUUUAAUCCUCAAUAAUGACCUGACCAUAUCUGCUAGUCACAGGGAACAGAUUGCUGAGUAUGCACUUUCCUGUGAAAAUGAUCUGUUUUGUAUUCAUUUAAUCAUAGGGUAGGAGUGUGGAAGUUUACAAUAAAAAUGCAUAUUGCUCCCAUUGACAUUGGACAAACUACAAUAAUCCUUUACUUGGGCUUUAUUUCCUAUAUUGUAAAUAAAAGCUAGCUCAGUUUAAUUGCAACUAUAAUUAAUGGUGUCUUGUACAUGUUAAACUGGAGAUCUCUAAUGAAUGCGCAUAAAGAUGUAGUGCAGUGAAAAGAAGUUUUACAGUGUUGUUGGUCAGCAAAAAGUUCAGAUAGUUCUAAGGACGAUGUCAUCUCUUAAUAGCCUUUCUUUCCUUGUAAGGUUAUAAUGCAAAACUUUUAAGCUGGAACACGUAUUUUAAAACAUAUACCUAUGGUUCUUAAAAAGUUUGAUUAUGGGGGUAGAAUAUCUAUGUUUUGCAGUUGUAUGUAAAAAUAAAACCACAAUAUAUCCAGAGUCAGAAUAAUAAAUGUAAAGGUGAUUUGACAUGCCAAUUGUCUUAAAAUAAAA